AUCACUGCUUCACAGUUCUCUUCACUCAUAAAGCCUUUUCAUUAAAAAUAUUGUAAAAAAAAUAUAAAUAUUUUCCUGUCGCCACCAUGUCUAUGUCAAAGACGACGAAUACUUACAAUCGGCAGAAUUGGGAGGAUGCCGAGUUUCCGAUUCUUUGCCAGACCUGCCUGGGAGACAAUCCGUACGUGCGGAUGAUUAAAGAGAGAUUUGGCAAAGAAUGCAAAAUCUGCACGCGUCCAUUCACUAUAUUCCGCUGGUGUCCUGGCGCUCGGAUGCGCUUCAAAAAGACAGAGAUAUGUCAGACAUGUGCCCGGCUAAAGAAUGUGUGCCAAACAUGCUUGCUGGAUCUGGAAUACGGAUUACCCAUUCAAGUGCGAGACGCUGCACUCAAGGUGGCGGACAACUUGCCACAGAGCGAUGUCAACAAGGAGUACUACAUACAGAACAUUGAUGCACAACUUCAGGAUGGUGACGGCACUGAAGCUGCUGGUGCUGUUGGCCGAUCUUUGGCGGCCAACGAAAUGUUGUCCAAGCUGGCAAGAACAGCGCCGUACUACAAACGAAACAGACCUCAUAUCUGCUCAUUCUGGGUGAAAGGCGAGUGCAAGCGUGGCGAGGAGUGUCCCUAUCGCCACGACAAGCCCAACGAACCAGAUGAUCCGCUGUGCGAACAGAAUAUCAAGGAUCGUUAUUAUGGACGCAACGAUCCGGUAGCCGAGAAAAUUAUGAAGCGGGCUGCCUCACUACCCACACUGGAACCGCCAGAAGAUCGCAAUAUCACAACACUCUAUGUGGGCAAUCUGCCGGAAGAAAUCACCGAGCCGGAGAUACGAGAUCAAUUCUAUCAAUUUGGAGAGAUCCGGUCAAUAGCUUUGGUGCCGCGCCAACAGUGCGCUUUUGUGCAGUACACCAAACGAUCUGCUGCCGAACUGGCUGCUGAACGUACCUUUAAUAAGCUGGUGAUUCAUAGCCGAAAAGUCAGCAUCAAGUGGGCUCAUUCGCAGGCCAAACAGAACACUGCUGCCAAGACGGACAGACGCUUCGAUAUUAAUGGCAUUCCUCCACCGAGUGCCAAGCCAAAUGACUACUUUAAUCUACGCCAGGAGCAGAUCAAUGUAAUGCCUGCUGGAAUGAAGCUGCAUCAGUUGCCAUCGAAUCUGGUGCCAGCCUCCGCCUAUCAAAUGUACGCUCAGCCCACAUAUGCGGCACCGUAUAGCUCUGGGCCAACGUCGACGUCUACCUCUGGUGUGAAUCUCGAUUCCAUCACCAUUCCACCACCUCCGGGUCAAGUGGCCUAUCCAUAUCCAAGUCAGGAUGCCAGUCGUAUGGGAUCGCUCAAGAAAUAAUAUGUCAGCUUAUUUGACAAAAUGUAAAAAUCUGAAUAAUGUCAGUAGUGUCCAGAACGAUUUUGUUUUAAGCUCGCUAUAGCAAGUCAAUCUUUUACAAAUUGUGUAAUUAAUAGGUAUUUUCUUAAACAGACAACAUUCAAUACAUAAUUAAAUCGGCAACCCGGUUAGAUGACAAAAAUUUACAAAUUUUAUAAAACAAAAAAUCUAAAGAAUUGUAUAAUUAAAAAUAAAUUGUUUGGAAAAGAC